AUAUAAAUUUCUCAACUUACAGCCAAUUUAGAGCGUUUUUCCUAUAACUCGCAUCACCGCUACGUUCGGCCAAUUCCGUUACGUAACAGCAGAUCAUGAACUUUAGCUAGGCUAAAUUUUUUUUGACAGUUCACUUUAGGAUCUCAGGUCGAAUAAGUGACUUGACUCGUGACUCUUUUUUAGGCUUUAAAAGACUCGAAAUCCAACAAAUAAAAAACACAAAAUGUUCGCCGCCGCUAGACUGAUCGCCCCUGCUGCCAGAAGCGCCAUCCUCAACAACUCCAAACAAUAUUUGAGGCCACUGAGCAGUGCCGUCAGCCAGAGCCAAUCUUUGGUCCAAUCUGUGCAACAGCACCAACAAAAGCAGGCCAACUUAUUGCCAGCAAUCCGUGGACUUCAGACCAGCCCUGUAUCAAGGGAUAUUGACUCUGCUGCCAAAUUCAUUGGUGCUGGAGCUGCCACAGUAGGAGUAGCUGGUUCUGGUGCUGGUAUUGGAACAGUAUUCGGCUCCCUCAUCAUCGGUUAUGCCAGAAACCCAAGCCUAAAACAACAACUUUUCUCAUACGCCAUCUUGGGUUUCGCCCUGUCUGAAGCCAUGGGUCUCUUCUGUCUUAUGAUGGCCUUCUUGUUAUUGUUCGCCUUCUAAGAAGGGCAUUUUUAUUAUAUAUUAAUAAAUUUACAUGUUAUGUACCAUCCUAAGAUCAUUUUUUUACAGUUUGUGCCGUUUAUAUUCCGUUAAAGCGUUGUAUAAGCGUCGCUCUCGCGUUAAGACUUAAAAAUUUAAAUCGAUAGGAACGUUUUAGGACAAGUAUAUGAUUCGAGAGACUUUGGGCUUACUAUUUAUUUAACAACACUUCAAUCAUAUAUUUGUUAAUUUCGUUUUGUUUUCUUAAAUCGUAGAGUUACUAAACAUACAAAAAUCACAUCAGGGGUGACAAAAUAACAUCAAUAUUGUACAGACCGCAGAAUAUAUAGAGACGUCAAUAAAAAUUAUGUUUAGUUUGUGAUUUUUUUCAAAG